GCGGACGCUACCAGCUCACGUGACGUGACGUAGCUUUCAGUUGCUCUUGUUCCUCUGAGCAGUUGCUCCUUUGACGUAUAGAGGGAAGGUUGUUAAAACCGGCGCGGUGUUAAAUCAUUUUCAACUUCGCCACCCGCGAAGAAGAAGAAGAAGAAGGUGCCGUCGGAUCCAGCGUCGCUUAAUGUGACAGUGGGCCAACUGACGUGCACAUUUCAGUGCGGAAGUCCCACCUGCGUGUGAGGAGCGGCGGCCGAACAGCAUCUCUCGCUCCACCUCGACAGCCUUUCCGCGUCUUUGUGACACAAACGCUCAUCCUCGUUCUGCAUAUUAGUUAGGAUGAAGCUCGCCAUGGCUUCUGGCUCGUUGUUGCUGCUCACAUGGUUUGCCGUGCUGGGCUUCCUUCAGGCCGUUACUCUCGAAGUGAGGGAGAGGAACUCCACAUGCAUCAAGGCUGAGCUCUCUGCAGUGUUCGCCAUCACCUACAACACCUCUAGCAGCCCGAGAACUGUGCAGGUUCCGCUGCCCGACACCACCACGGUCGACCUAGCAAGCAGCUCAUGUGGCUCGGUUGCCGGCACGCCUGCGCUGGUGGCAACGUUUGGAUCUGGACAUGCCCUGGGGCUGAGCUUCUCAACCAACGGAAGUCUUUAUAGUGUGGCUGCCCUGGUGCUGCAGUACAACCUCAGCGACUCGUCCAUCUUCGCCGACGCCAACAGCUCCGCUGUGGUAACUGUCACGUCAGCUUCUCCUGGCAUCUGGGCAGCAAUCAACACCACCUACCAUUGUGUGAGCGCCACCUCUGUCGUACUCGGGGACCAAACGGUCACCUUUUCUGAGAUGAGACUUGAAGCAUACAUGCCAGGAAAUGGUCUGAGUUCAGAUGAAACGAUAUGUAGAGCAGAUCAGGCUCGCACUACCACAACCACUCCCACCACCACUGCCCGUACUCCAACCACAGCGUCUCCAGCCCCCACAACACCCGGAUCUCCCGAACGGGGAAUUUACUCCGUUCGCAACAGCAACGGCACCGUUUGCCUCUUGGCCCAAAUGGGGCUUCAGCUCAACGUCUCCUAUGUCUCCCAAUCUCAGAAUAAGACUGUCCAAGAAUAUUUGAAUCUCGCUCCUAAUCUGACAAAUUCUUCCGGAUCCUGUGACGACAACAGCGCUACCUUGGUUCUGGCUCAGGGCCGGACUACCACACUCAGCCUCAUCUUUACCCUGAAUUCCACGGCCAACAAAUACCGCCUUAGCGGGAUAAACGUGCUCGCCAAUUGGUCCGAUAUGACAGCGCCCUUUUCAGCCGAGAACACCAGUCUUGACUACCUACGGACCACGCUGGGACGUUCCUACAUGUGUAAUACGGAGCAAACUCUGGCUGUGGUGCCGAGCUUCUCUCUCAACACAUUUAAACUGCAGGUUCAAGCCUUUGGGGUCACCACCAACCAGUUUGCCACAGCGGAGGAGUGUCAAAUGGAUCAAGAUGAGAUGCUGAUCCCCAUCAUCGUUGGCGCGGCCCUUGCCGGUCUCGUGCUGGUUGUCCUCAUUGCAUACCUAAUAGGGCGCAAGAGGAGCCACGCCGGAUACCAGACCAUCUGAACCAGAACCCUCAUCUGAGGUAAACGCCACGGAGCGAGUGUGAGGUGUAACAGUGAAGCGGCCAAACUGCAGGCACCAGCGUUAAGUCAGUGGAAACGAGUGUUGCCAAGUCUGCGUAUUGUUUCACAUUAUUUGGAGAUUACGUAAUUUUUUUUCCCCCUGGAUGAUAAAGUCGAAUGCAACCAGGUGGGCAUCAAGAUUGAGUCCGGGAUCGAGGCAGCAUGUUGACCGUGACCUUUUUUGGGGAAUGUUUUCAUGAUGGAAAUUCUUUUUUUGUGUCAAAUGUGUUUGUUUUCAGCUGAGUAAAGUAUUUAUAAAUAUUGUCUUCUCCUGCUACUGACGUGACGGAGGGAAUAUGAUGAAGUAAAGGUGUGAUUUAUUGUUGCCGGCUGCAAUUGCUUUUUUGGACAGCUAAGAAUGUGUAUAUUGAAAUGUUUUAAGGAUUGAUUGGCAGUGAGUCUCCCAUUAGCAGGUGAUGAUGAUCCAAGUCAGCGAAUGCUCUGAUGUUUCCCCUCCCCUGAUGCUUUGCGGUGAAGCGUGACGUUCGACACUGUCUUUUACAAUUUUAUUUUUAAUCAGCGUGUGUGGUGGUCCACAACUCGUAGAAAGUGAUGAUUUGAUCUUUAUUUUUUUAUAGAAAAUACUCUAAAGUCAUUUUUGCAUUGUGCAUCCUACUGAAAUAUAAUAAACAUUUGGGUGGUGAUUCCUUUUGAGUAUA